UCUGUCAGUAGGUCAAGAAUAUACUUCCUCUGGCACAAGUAGAUCCCUUCUCUCCCCCUCGCUACCUCAAUUCCUAAGAAAUACCAAUUUUUGUAAUAUGUAAAACUGUAAUUGUAUUAUAUUAUGUAGAUCAAGAUUUGAGGGGAAAAAAAAAUUUAAUCCGCAGCAUCGCGGGGGAGAAUUUUCUAGUGAUAUAUUUAGUCGACGUCAUCCCAUUCCGAUUCCGUCUCACCGGCAGUCAUGCUGGGAAGCGUAAACAGCAAAGCCCGACCAUACAGCGCGCAGCACCACCAACAGCCUCUCUGCACCCGCAAGCACCAGAUCGGAGCCCUCCUCUUGGUAGCCACCACCGUCUUCUUCACCAAGCUCCUCGACCGCUCCUCACUCCCCUGCUCCUUCACCCCCGCCGAUCCCGUCACCGCUUCACGGAGCUCCGUCCACGUCACCAAUGGCAGAGACCUCUUGUGGCCCCACCGCGGGUACGGCCCCGUCGUCGACCUCAAGAUUUACGUCUACGACGAGCGCGAGAUCGACGGCCUCAAGGCCUUGAUGUCCGGCAGGGAUGGCUCCAUUGACUCCACCUCUUGCUUGAAAGGCCAGUGGGGCACUCAGGUGAAAAUACACAGGCUACUGCAAGAAUCGAGAUUCCGAACGAGGAAGAAAGAGGAAGCAGACCUGUUUUUUGUGCCGGCGUAUGCAAAAUGUGUUCGAAUGAUGGGUGGUCUUAAUGAUAAAGAGAUCAACCAGACAUAUGUGAAGGUGUUGAGUCAAAUGCCGUAUUUCAGGCGAUCUGGUGGUCGUGAUCAUAUUUUUGUAUUUCCAAGUGGAGCUGGUGCUCAUUUAUUUAGGUCGUGGGCAAAAUUCAUCAAUCGUUCCAUUAUUCUUACCCCCGAGGGUGAUCGGACUGAUAAGAAAGAUACAAGUGCCUUUAAUACGUGGAAAGAUAUCAUCAUUCCUGGGAAUGUUGAUGAUGGGAUGACUACAAAUGGUGCCACCCUGGUCCGCCCUUUGCCACUAUCGAAGCGGAAGUAUCUUGCUAACUAUUUAGGUCGUGCACAAGGAAAGGCUGGCCGCCUUAAGUUGAUAGAGCUUUCUAAGAAAUUUCCAGAUAAGUUGGAAUCUCCUGAGUUGAAGUUCAGUGGCCCUGAUAAAUUGGGAAAGAUAGAUUAUUUUGAACACCUGCGCAACGCCAAGUUCUGCCUUGCUCCACGUGGGGAGUCAUCUUGGACUCUUCGUUUUUACGAGUCUUUCUUUGUGGAGUGCGUCCCAGUGAUAUUAUCGGAUGAAGUAGAACUUCCUUUCCAGAAUGUUGUUGAUUACACCCAGAUAUCGAUUAAAUGGCCGUCAACUCGAAUAGGUCCUGAGCUUUUGCAGUACCUAGAGUCAAUAUCAGAUGAAAUCAUAGAGGGAAUGAUAAGCCGUGGUAGACAAGUAAGAUGUUUAUGGGCCUAUGCUUCAGAAUCAGCUUCAUGUUCUGCAAUGCAUGCAAUUCUUUGGGAACUUCAGAGAAAAGUCAGGUUGUUUCACCAAUCAACUGAAACAUUCUGGCUGCACGACGGAUCUAUUGUUAAUAGAGACUUGGUCAAGUUUUCUGAUUGGAGGCCUCCAAUGCCCUUGCCUUGAGUAUGCAACAUUAGGGCCCCCUUUAUACUUUCUUUCUCCAUUUCCAAAGUUCAUAUUUGCGCUCAUCUUUUCCGUUUUCAACAGUCCAAAUUUUUGUUGUAUAUUGUUUAUUGAUAUUCUUUUCAUUCUUAGUGAUAUAAUUUCCAGGGUUUCCCAUGUUGUAAUUGUAGAACAUCUCUGAGAAAAUGAUAUAUUGCAGAUGUAAUUGUAGAACAUCUCUGAGAAAAUGAUAUUUAAACUA